AUGUUUAGAACAAGAGGAGGAUAUUAUUAUCGAUCGUUGGUCUGUUUCCUUUGUCUAUCUGUAUCAGCAUGCUAUGGUGUCUUUGCUUCACUCAUUCUACCCAUCUUUGGCAAGAGACAUCUUAUCAAUUGGUCUGUUGCUAGGGUAUACAAGACAGUCGUCUCUACUUUCUUGGGCAUCACUUGUACAAUCGAGGGCAAAGAACAUAUUAGAAAAGACGGAGGACAGGCUGUGUAUGUAUGCAACCAUCAGACAAUGCUUGAUAUCUUUUUUAUGGCCAAUGUAUUUCCCAAGUCAACCUCGGUCGUAGCUAAAAAGUCGAUAAAAUUUGUCCCUGUUCUGGGAUGGUUCAUGUAUCUCAGUAAGGCUAUAUUUUUGGACCGUGCCAACCGAGAAACUGCAGUGGCACAGGCUCGUAAAGCAGCUGAAGAUAUGAAGAAGUCAAAAACAAGUAUCUGGAUUUACCCUGAAGGAACUAGAUCUCACUCUUCUGAACUUGAUCUGUUACCUUUCAAGAAGGGGGCGUUCUAUAUGGCUGUUCAAGCAAAGGCGCCUAUUAUCCCUAUUGUAGUUCAAAACUACCAUCACCUCUAUGACCAAAAAUCAAAGACAUUCAAGCAUGGUGAUAUUAAGAUCAAGAUUUUGCCUCCUAUCCCAACUGACAACGUUGAAGAGUCUUCAGAUAGUAUACAAACACUAUCGAAUCAUGUUCGAUCUGAAAUGAUAAAAGCACUAAGAGAAAUAUCUGUAGAUAAUAAAAAUAAAUAG